CGAGCACAGCCAACAGUCACCAAAGUCAGCCACUGGCUGUCCCGGGGCGCAGACGCCAAGGCCACUCAGGCCAGGGCAGGGACCCUGGCCGGCCUAGCCAGUGCUCAGUCCCAUGGCCCCGGCCGGCCACUGAGCCCCACCAUGGGCGGUUUAUACUCAGAGUACCUCAAUCCUGAGAAGGUUCAGGAACACUACAAUUACACCAAGGAGACGCUGGACAUGCAGGAGACGCCCUCCCGCAAGGUGGCCUCCGCCUUCAUCAUCAUUUUAUGCUGUGCCAUCGUGGUGGAGAACCUUCUGGUGCUAAUCGCAGUGGCCAGGAACAGCAAGUUCCACUCAGCCAUGUACCUGUUCCUCGGCAACCUGGCAGCCUCCGACCUGCUGGCAGGCGUGGCCUUCGUGGCCAACACCUUGCUCUCCGGACCUGUCACCCUGUCCUUAACUCCCUUGCAGUGGUUUGCCCGAGAGGGUUCAGCCUUCAUCACGCUCUCUGCCUCGGUCUUCAGCCUCCUGGCCAUUGCCAUCGAGAGACAAGUGGCCAUCGCCAAGGUCAAGCUCUACGGCAGUGACAAAAGCUGUCGAAUGUUGAUGCUCAUUGGGGCCUCUUGGCUGAUAUCGCUGAUUCUGGGUGGCUUGCCCAUCCUGGGCUGGAAUUGUCUGGACCAUCUGGAGGCUUGCUCCACUGUGCUGCCCCUCUAUGCUAAGCACUAUGUGCUCUGCGUGGUCACCAUCUUCUCUGUCAUCUUACUGGCUAUCGUGGCCUUGUACGUCCGAAUCUACUUCGUAGUCCGCUCAAGCCAUGCGGACGUUGCUGGUCCUCAGACGCUGGCCCUGCUCAAGACAGUCACCAUCGUACUGGGUGUUUUCAUCAUCUGCUGGCUGCCGGCUUUUAGCAUCCUUCUCUUAGACUCUACCUGUCCCGUCCGGGCCUGUCCUGUCCUCUACAAAGCCCAUUAUUUCUUUGCCUUCGCCACCCUCAACUCUCUGCUCAACCCUGUCAUCUAUACAUGGCGUAGCCGGGACCUUCGGAGGGAGGUACUGAGGCCCCUGCUGUGCUGGCGGCAGGGGAAGGGAGCAACAGGGCGCAGAGGUGGGAACCCUGGUCACCGACUCCUGCCCCUCCGCAGCUCCAGCUCCCUGGAGAGAGGCUUGCAUAUGCCUACAUCGCCAACAUUUCUGGAGGGCAACACAGUGGUCUGAGGGGAAAUGUGAACUGAUCUGUAACCAAGCCACAGAGAGAGCUCUGUGGGGAGAGACCAGGUGACCUCAUCAUGUCCCUCAGUGCCACAGGUCUGGAGGAACUGACCACGGCUCAUAGGUCAGGUGGCCAACGGAGGCACUGACUAAUCAGAUUGUAGUACUGUGACUGUGGGGACCAUUAAGGGUCUAGGGGGACAGCAGGCUCGAGUUUAGGGCUAGACAUUUGCCACUUGGUACAUAGGGUGUCGGCAUCCUGUCUGUCCUAUCUUCCAGCUUCCCGGUUCCCUUCCUGCCUCCUCCUUUUAAGGGCCUCUCUACAUAGCCCCGGCUGGCUAGAGCUUGCUGUGCAGACCAGGCUGACCUGGACCUCCCAGAGAUAGAUCAACUAACUGUGUCCUGAGUGCUGGGAUUUUAAAGCCGUGUGCCCCCACACCCGGCUCCUGCCACCUUCCAGAAGCAAUCUUAGGCCACUUGUUGAGGAAACACUCUCCCCAGAGGACCCAAGCCUUCUUCCCUGUCUCUCUGAGGCCUGAAUCCACAGCUUCCCCAUUUUAUCAACUGCUGCUUCUUCCCUUUCCUUCUGUGUUCAGGGGAAACCACUGUGGGGGCAGGGAGGGGUCCUGGGAUCCCAGUUUUUAUGCUCAGAUCUCACUGAGCACUUGCUUUAUUGGGGAGCAGAGAGGAAUCAGCUGAGGCAGUGUGGGGCAGAUGUUGAGGAGAAUUUGGGCUUCCUGGUGAGAAAACUCUAGGGGAGGCGUUGGUUAUUCCUGGAACCCAGCCUCUCUCCCCACGAACUCUUCACACCCGCAGCCUUGAGCUGGAUGCAAAGGCUGCUUUCAAUUUGUCUUUGUAGUUUUGUUUUGUUUUGUUUUGUUUUUUUAAAUUGGGACAGGAUCUCACGUACCCCAGGCUGGCCUCCGACUCACUAUGUAGCCAAGGCUGGCUUUGGACUUCUGACCCUCCUGCCUCCGCUUCUGGAGUGCAGGUAUUACAAGGGUGUACCACCACCACCACCACCACCAACAACAACAACAACAACAACACCUGUCUUGAAAACUAUCAUGAAUGACAUGGUUCACAUAGCCUUGGGUGGCCAAGGACAUCCCGGAUACUCUUAUGGCAUCUUCCCUUGAAGGACUUUGCUAAAUCCUGUGGAGAAGUAGAAAAUCCAAUACGGUACAAACGGUAUUUAUGUGUGUCUGUGUAUCAGUGUGGGGUCUGUGACCUCCUAUCCCAGUGUGGGUGCUGUCUGACCUCUUAUGUGCACAUCCGUGUCAAGACUGCUAGAGAGAUGGACGGGGGUGUGUGUGCUUGUGGGGGUCUAGCCAUGAUCAGGCCUCCUGGGAAUUGCUGAAUCAUCUCUCCCACACACAGACACACACCUCCGCCUUAAAGAAAUGUGUGAAAGAAAAGGCUGAGGAAGGGGAGAUUUGGGAGGCAAGGAGCCAGUCGGGAGUGUGUCUCCCCUCAUACAGCUUCCCAGAUGUCCCCCUUGUGCUGGAAACCCAGAACUGGGCCAAUAAACAGUUCAAUUUCUCUUG